GCUGCCGCCUCCUCCCGCCCGCCCUGCGCUCACCCCCUCCCCCCCGGAGCCGCUCCCUCGCCGCCUCCCUUUCCCCGGCUCCAUCCCUUCCCUCGGCUCCAUCCCCUCCCCGCUGGAUGAGGCGGCCCCCUCCCCGCUGCUGACCCCUGCGGACCCCGGCUGUAGGAUGAGCCCGAAGGACUCGGAGGGGGCGAGGCCGCUCCGCUCCCCGAGGAGGAUCUAGUGGGGGGGCACCGACGCGACGCCGCCCCCCGCCAGGCACCUCGUCCUUCAUGGUGGCUCCCUGCGACCACCAUCUCGGAGCAGACGCGCAGCCCGGGGCCCGUGUGUGUGUCUGUGCGCGCCGCCGCCGCGGCCGCCCGAGUGAGGGAAAAUGUCCACUCGGACUCCAUUGCCCACGGUGAACGAGCGCGACACCGAGAACCACACGUCCCAUGGAGAUGGACGGCAGGAAGUUUCCUCUCGAACUGGGCGCUCUGGAGCUCGCUGCAGGAACUCCAUAGCCUCCUGUGCCGAUGAGCAGCCGCACAUUGGAAAUUACAGACUCCUUAAAACCAUUGGAAAGGGGAAUUUUGCAAAAGUGAAACUGGCAAGGCACAUCCUAACUGGCAGAGAGGUUGCCAUAAAAAUAAUUGACAAAACACAGCUGAACCCAACUAGUCUACAAAAGCUCUUUAGAGAAGUAAGAAUAAUGAAGAUCUUAAAUCAUCCAAAUAUAGUGAAGCUAUUUGAAGUAAUUGAAACUGAAAAAACUCUCUAUUUAAUAAUGGAAUAUGCAAGUGGGGGGGAGGUGUUUGACUAUCUGGUUGCACAUGGAAGAAUGAAGGAAAAGGAGGCUAGAGCUAAAUUUAGACAGAUAGUAUCUGCAGUGCAGUAUUGCCAUCAAAAGCAUAUUGUUCAUAGAGAUCUCAAGGCUGAAAAUCUAUUGCUAGAUGCAGAUAUGAACAUUAAAAUAGCUGACUUUGGUUUUAGCAAUGAGUUUACAGUUGGAAAUAAACUGGAUACCUUUUGUGGCAGCCCACCAUAUGCUGCUCCAGAGCUCUUUCAAGGGAAGAAAUAUGAUGGACCUGAAGUAGAUGUUUGGAGUUUAGGUGUUAUUCUUUAUACUCUCGUGAGUGGAUCUCUUCCCUUCGAUGGACAGAACUUAAAGGAACUUAGAGAAAGAGUUCUAAGGGGAAAAUACAGGAUUCCUUUCUACAUGUCCACAGACUGUGAAAACCUCCUCAAACGUUUCCUGGUGCUAAACCCAACAAAAAGAGGCACUCUAGAGCAAAUUAUGAAGGACAGGUGGAUCAAUGCAGGGCACGAGGAGGAUGAACUUAAACCUUUUGUUGAACCAGAGCUAGACAUCUCGGACCAGAAAAGAAUAGAUAUUAUGGUAGGAAUGGGAUAUUCUCAAGAAGAAAUUCAAGAAUCCCUUAGUAAAAUGAAGUAUGAUGAAAUUACAGCUACAUACUUACUGCUAGGAAGGAAGUCAUCAGAGUUGGAUGCAAGUGAUUCAAGCUCCAGCAGCAAUCUUUCACUUGCCAAAGUUAGGCCAAGUAGUGAUCUUAAUAAUAGCACUGGACAAUCUCCUCAUCACAAAGUUCAGAGAAGCAUAUCUUCUAGCCAGAAACAGCGGCGGUACAGUGAUCACGCUGGACCAUCCAUCCCCUCAGUAGUGGCAUAUCCCAAAAGAAGCCAGACUAGUACUAGUACUACAGACAGUGACCUCAAAGAGGAAGGAAUUCAGUCAAGAAAAUCCAGCAGUAGUGCUGUUGCAGGAAGAGGAAUUGCACCAGCUAGCCCAAUGCUUGGAAAUGCCAGCAAUCCCAACAAGGCUGAUAUUCCCGAACGUAAGAAAAGUUCGGCUGUUCCUAGUAAUAAUACUACCCCUGGAGCAAUGACACGGCGCAACACAUAUGUUUGUAGUGAAAGAACCACUGCUGAUAGGCAUUCAGUGAUACAAAAUGGCAAGGAGAACAGCACUAUUCCCGAUCAGAGAACUCCCGUUGCUUCAACCCACAGCAUUAGCAGUGCGACCACCCCUGACCGUAUUCGUUUCCCCAGAGGAACGGCCAGCCGCAGCACGUUCCACGGGCAGCUGCGGGAGCGCCGCACCGCCACCUACAACGGCCCGCCCGCCUCGCCCAGCCUGUCCCACGAGGCCACGCCGCUCUCACAGACCCGCACCAGGGGCUCCACCAACCUCUUCAGCAAACUAACUUCCAAACUAACCAGAAGCCGCAAUGUAGCUGUGGAUCAGAAGGACGAGAACAAGGAAGCCAAGCCUCGGUCACUGCGUUUUACCUGGAGCAUGAAAACCACCAGCUCCAUGGAUCCCAAUGACAUGAUGAGGGAAAUCCGAAAGGUCCUGGAUGCCAAUAAUUGUGACUAUGAACAAAGAGAGCGUUUCUUGCUUUUCUGUGUCCAUGGAGAUGGGCACGCGGAAAACCUUGUCCAGUGGGAGAUGGAGGUGUGUAAACUGCCAAGACUGUCCCUGAAUGGAGUUCGCUUUAAGCGGAUAUCGGGAACAUCCAUAGCUUUCAAAAACAUUGCUUCCAAAAUUGCCAAUGAGUUAAAGCUGUAACAAGAAAAAAAUAGUUAAGUUGUAAAUUAGUUAGCAAUUUAAAGUGUUUUUGAGAAUUCCGAUGGAAAUGUAUAGAAUAACAUUUAGGCAAUAACUUCUGCAUCCUUCUGAAUAGUGAUAUUAAAAAAAAAGCUGCUGAGCUGGGAGGGAGAGUUGGACUUUUUUAUAAGUGCACUACAGCAUUAAAGUUGCCUACUAUGUAAAAUAUUACCCCUUCUGCUUUAUUUCCAUUGCUCCUAAGUCUCUGACAACAAAUUGAAACACAGAAUAUAUUCAUUUAAAUAUGCCUCCUGUUUGUGUGGAUGUGUGAAUGUACAGUAUGUGUGUAUAAUAUAUAAAGUAUUAUAUGUAAACAAUUCAUUUACAACAUCGAGCUGUACCAGUACCUCUUUUUGGGCUAAUUUUGGUGCUAAAAAUUGAAAUGGCCAAGGAGGAAACACUUGAGUUAAUAUUUAAAAAGACUGAAGCGAUAAACCAGUGAAUGCAGGUUUACAGUUCACUGCUGUGUUAAGAAGAAAAAAGUGUGUGAAGAGUUUGGAUUUAUGGUUGUGAACAUUAUUAGUCCUGUUUUCUAAGUAGAUCUCAUGAGAUGAUUAAAAAUUCACUUUUACUGAGUAAGUCUUGCAUUAUA